AUGGGGCGCCGGUUGCGCGCUCCGAACAAAUUGUUGCGAACGAGGACGAGUAGCGCAGCGAGGACCGGGGCAUUCGCAGAGCAUUACCGAGCGUUGGUAGACCGUCUCACACGGGCGUCGGAAGUGACACGCACCGCGCUGGCGAAGGACCAGUUACGGCGCAAGAAGUACUACAACAGACGAGUGCGCGAAACCACGCCGUUUGGCGUGGGCGACCUCGUUUGGGUGUUGAAACCUCCGCGGGGUAAGGACAUUACGAAGCUGGCCCACCAGUGGGUGGGCCCGGCCAGGAUCGUUCCGGACGCCGGCUACGACGAGAGGCUAAUCGUGCACUGCAGUUUCCUGGUGUCGAGCAGUUGCCCGAGCAGCUCGCUCGGCACGGUAGCGGAACAGAUACUGCAAGAACUCGCCAGGGAGGACGCCGACUCGCAGGAUGAGAACGGCGAUGAGGACGCGGAGACG